AUGGUAGGCUUGACAACCGAUGGCGCUCCAGCUAUGGUGGGUUGUGAUAAGGGUCUGGUGGCGUUAUGUCGUAAAGAUGAAACUUUUCCGCAAUUUCUCUCUUACCACUGCAUUAUCCAUCAGCAAGCAUUAUGUGGAAAUUUUCUGAAACUAAACAACGUUAUGAAACUGGUGGUAAAAAUUGUGAACAAGAUUAGAGCUCAAGCAUUACAAAGAAGAUUAUUCAAAACUUUGGCCGAUGAAGUCGACUGUCAAUACGGGGACCUACUCCUUCACUCUGGAGUCCGAUGGCUAAGUAGAGGACGAGUGCUGAAACGUUUUAAUGAUGUCCUAUCUGGCAUAGUUCAAUUUUUCAAACAACGCGAUGAACCGAUUCCGGAACUAGAAAAUUCAAUCUGGCUUCGGGAUUUUGGUUUUCUCGUGGACAUUACAGAGAAAUUAAACGAACUUAAUUUGCAGCUUCAGGGGAGAGACAAAGAACUAGCGGAAAUGAUUUCUGAUAUAAAAGCAUUUAUCAGAAAGCUGGAGUUUUGGGAACAAAACCUAAUUAACAGCGAUGCCAAGCAUUUUCCUAUUCUUUCAGAAAAGAUAUCUCAAAAUCCAUUAGAACCCUAUGACAGCAAAUAUCAUGUAGAAAUAGUUUCUACCUUGAAGAAUAACUUCAAAAAUCGUUUUAAGGACUUCGACGAAAUGGCUUUAGUAGCGCAGUUUGUUGGUUCACCCUUUAUGGAAAUUGAUAUCCAACAGUUUGCAACUUGUGUUAUGCAGAACUUUGGCGAAGACAUCGCUGCAACAGAAAUGGAAGUAAUUGAGUUUCAAAAUGAUUUAGCCUUAAAAUCGUUAGUCUCAAGUACCAAAUGUAUCUGGUCUAUUGUAAGCAAAGACAAAUAUUCAGUUCUAUGCCGUGUUGCCUUGAAAGUGAAAGCAUUAUUCAGUUCAACCUAUUUGUGUGAAUCUUCUUUUUCCAAUAUGAAGUUUAUUAAGAACAAAUAUCGCAAUCGACUUACAGAUGAACAUUUGGAUAAUUGUAUUCGAAUGGCUGUAUCAAAUUAUACUGCAAACAUUAAAAAAUUAUCGAUGAGUCUGAGUGUCAGCCUUCCCAUUGAACGUGCUUUUUUAUUUCUCAAUGUUUAUGUUUAUGAUAGUGCGUUACUUUUUUGUUGA